AUGUAUUAUAUAUUUCAGGAAUAAUAUUGGUAAUAUGGGAUUUUUUUGGAGAAUCUUUAGAAUAAACAAGAAUUAUUAAGUAAAUAUUGAUUAAUACAUAAGAAUAUUUGUUAGAUAUUCAGUUUGUGGAUAUUUGUUAAAUCGCAUAAUUAUCACGGGAUUUUUUGAAAGCGCUCUAGAUGAAUAAAUGAUCGUUGAAUUCAAAGAAAGUUUUAUAAAAAUACAAGAACUGAAUGAAAUUUAAGUACGUUCGCUGGAUAUUUGUCCUAUAUGUUAUGAAGAAUUUAAAAUCAAAGAAUAUAUUGCUGAAUAUUAAUGCUAAGGAAAACAUACUUUUCAUUAAGACUGUGUUCUAAAAUGGUUAAAAAUGCCUAUGAAUAAAACCAAGGUUUGCCCUUAUUGCAAACAAUUACCCUAUUCUAUUAAUAAUUAUGUCUGAUAAUCCAG